AUGGAGGAGGUGGCGGCGGUGCUGGAGCUGGAGCUGAAGCUGAAGCUGGAGCUGCGGCCCGGGGGCCGGGGCACGCUGCUCACCGGGCCCGACCCUCGCUCUCUGCUCCCCUCCCUCCGGCCUCUUCAUUCCCUCCCCCUUCCCCCAGGCAAAGGCACAACGAUCGGCAGCAUAUCCCGGGGAGAGCGGGCGACCAAAACUUUGGGAAAUAUGUCGCCUCCAUUUUUUUUGUGUGCAACUUUGAGCUGCGUUCCUGCAUUUAAUUUGUUAUUUUCUCUCUGUGCUUGCAGUUUUGGCGAUAGAUCCCUCCCAAUUCCUGUUUUACUAGUUUCUACAGUUCCGCAGACGGCUGUUUACGGCGUGGGGGCUACAGUCAGUAGUAACGUUGAGGCUUGUGAUCAGGUUAUUUUUGUGGGGCUUUGGUUCUGGAGUCAGAUGGAAGAAAGCCCCUCAUGUUUUGGGUGGUCUUGGCGUGGUUUCUUUUUAUUGAAGUCUGUUGUCCGGGGCUCUUUUCAUGUUGUACUACUGAGAUGUGCUAAGCAGUGCAAUAUUAAAAGGGCAUUGGCUGACAGUAAAUUCCACUUUCAAACCCCCCCCCCAAAAAAAAACCCACCUUUUCUCUUCCAAAUUGAGGGCAGAAAUAAGCCUUCAGCUACAACUAUGUGAAACCUACGACCCAGAUAAUUAUUAUCUGCGUUUGUGCCCAUUCAGUUUUCAAUUGGGGGAUCACCUGUUUUCCACAAUUUUUUUUCUCCACCUCGACUGUCUUAUAUCUCUGAUUAAACACAGAUUUUGAUUU